AGAUGUGUGUGUUCUCAGUUGUUGUGUGUUCUCAGUUGUUGUGUGUUCUCAGGUGUUGUGUGUUCUCAGUUGUUGUGUGUUCUCAGUUGUUGUGUGUUCUCAGUUGUUGUGUGUUCUCAGGUGUUGUGUGUUCUCAGUUGUUGUGUGUUCUCAGAUGUGUGUGUUCUCAGUUGUUGUGUGUUCUCAGUUGUUGUGUGUUCUCAGAUGUGUGUGUUCUCAGGUGUUGUGUGUUCUCAGAUGUGUGUGUUCUCAGUUGUUGUGUGUUCUCAGAUGUGUGUGUUCUCAGUUGUUGUGUGUUCUCAGUUGUUGUGUGUUCUCAGGUGUUGUGUGUUCUCAGUUGUUGUGUGUUCUCAGUUGUUGUGUGUUCUCAGAUGUGUGUGUUCUCAGGUGUUGUGUGUUCUCAGGUGUUGUGUGUUCUCAGUUGUUGUGUGUUCUCAGGUGUUGUGUGUUCUCAGAUGUGUGUGUUCUCAGUUGUUGUGUGUUCUCAGUUGUUGUGUGUUCUCAGUUGUUGUGUGUUCUCAGUUGUUGUGUGUUCUCAGUUGUUGUGUGUUCUCAGGUGUUGUGUGUUCUCAGUUGUUGUGUGUUCUCAGGUGUUGUGUGUUCUCAGAUGUGUGUGUUCUCAGUUGUUGUGUGUUCUCAGUUGUUGUGUGUUCUCAGUUGUUGUGUGUUCUCAGUUGUUGUGUGUUCUCAGUUGUUGUGUGUUCUCAGAUGUGUGUGUUCUCAGUUGUUGUGUGUUCUCAGGUGUUGUGUGUGUUCUCAGAUGUUGUGUGUGUGUUGCAGCUGGAUCUCAGCUGAAGAUGUGUCCAUAUAACGGUAAGCUCUCGUCUCUGAAGGUGGUGGUUCAGGUCCAGGUGUGUGGAGCUGCAGGAUGUCCAGAAGCAGACCAGGAUGUAGAGCUUCCUGUUGCUGUAGCCCUCUGAUGGAAAUGUCUCCUUCACAAUAAAAGCCUCUCUGCAGCUGAGGAGCUUUUACUCUGUCGGAGCUGCAGUACUGAUUGGGUUUGAUGCAGGCGUAAACUAACCGUGACGUCACCCGUUGGUUUCAACGCCGAGAAAAUGAAGCCCGGAUUUUGCUACUUCCUGGUCGCCGUUUUGGAUUUUUUGGAGCCAGUGACGUAAAAAGCGUCAUCAAACAGGCUGGACCGGAGAGCAACUAGGGACAGGAUUGGCUGAGGACUCUCUUAUCCCGCCCACAUUUUACCGCAGAGGCUUCUGUUGCUGUCUAUCAAGUAUAGCCACGCCCCCUGGCUCCGCCAACUUUAACGAUUUAUUUAAAAUUCAGUAUUGAUUUAUUUUAAGAUCGGCCACCUGAUCUCUCAUUUUGACCAUGAAAACUAACGGGAAAAAAUCCUGAGCUGUAGAACAUCAGUCUAUCAAACUUUAUUUUCUCCAAAAAUGAAUUGGGGUCUAUGGAGCAAAAGCUUUUUGGAGCCAACCCUAGCGGACGGCGUGAUAUUGCAAGUUUUUGACACUUCAGGGUUGGCUUCAAUUCUGGAGCCAGAUGCUACGUCCAUCUUUAUACAGUCUAUGGUUUGAUGUGAAAAUCUUUCUUCAUGUAGAAGGUCAUCAUGCAGCUCCUCCUGGUCUACCAGAGCUGGGUCUCCUGUAGAAUCAGCUUCUCCAAUAUGGGUUCUCUUCUGCAGAACGUUUCUACUCUUUGAUCUGAUCCUGGAGCUUCAGAAGGUUUCCUGUAUGUGGAACUGUUCUGUCGACAAGCUUUGGUUCUUCACACUUCAACUGAUUAACAACCAAUCAGAGAAAAGCUGCUGAAUGUUGGUGAUGGGAACUGGAAUUACCUCAUUUCCUGCCCCAAAGGUUCUGGAGAAGAUGUUCUGUAGGCAACAGCUGUGGCCUCAGCCGCAGCAGAUGCAGCUGCUUUUGCUGCUGUAGAAGCUCAGAUGU